UUGGCACGGGGAUGGCGACGCAUCCGCUCUUCGACUACGACGACAGGGGCCACAGGUUUCGGCACAGGCUCGGCGCCGUCGGGGACAAGCCGGCCGACUCGCCGGUCUCUUGCGCGAGUUCGCAAUACUAUUUCGGGCCCCCCAACAACGACAUUACCGAGGAGGACAUUGCGGAUUUGCCGUCGUGCGUCUACGCUGGUAGGCCCUCUCAGCAGCAGCAACAUCAGCCGCAGAUACCCCAGCACGCGAUCCACCCGGUGCAUCAUGGGCAGCCGCCUGCGCUUCAUUACCAUCACGUACCUGCUGCCACGGCUGAAAUCGCGGAAAACGAGGCGAGCGGCGGAGAGGACGGUUACUACCCGAACGGCAGCCCCUACAGAAUCCAAAGACACGCGGCCAACAUACGCGAAAGGAAACGCAUGCUCAGCAGCAUCAACUCGGCUUUCGAUGAGCUCAGGGUGCACGUGCCGACGUUCCCCUACGAGAAGCGCCUCUCCAAGAUCGACACCCUCCGACUCGCCAUCGCCUACAUAUCCCUACUCCGGGACGUCCUGGCCGCCCGUCUCGACCCCAUCACUUACGUCGAGCGGUCCCUCCGAGGCGAGAUCAACGGCGAACGAGCACUGUGGAACACCAGUGAUCUGACGGCUAGGCUUUCAUGGAUCAAUUGGGAAAACCUCGGUGUCAAUCCGAAUCGGCGCUCGGUACUCACCUCGCUGACCCUCACCAGUGACAAUAUGAACUGAAACUUUGACUUAAGGGAAAUGGAAAAUAAAUAUGACACAGA